AUGACACCCUCCAGGGCGUCCCAGCGCCCCAGAGGCACCCGGAGAAAUGCCAGCCAGCACUACCUGUGCCCGGAGUCCCUGCUGCUCAGCGGCGGGGAGGACGGCCUGCCUGCCGACGUGGGGGUCAGCAGCGACCCCGAGCGGAUCUUCCAGAGCCUGCAGUUCCAGAAGGACCUCAUGGCCAACAUCCGCUGCCGGCCCUGGGCCAUGCGCCAGAAGCUGCGGGCGCUCCGGCGGGCGAAGGAGAUCGUGCUGCGGUUCGAGGGGCGGCUGACCAGGACCCGCGGCUACCAGGCAGCGGGCGCGGAGCUCUGGCGGAAGUUCGCGCGCCUGGCCUGUAACUUCGCGGUGCUCUUCAUUCCCUGGGAGACGAGGAUCAAGAAGAUCGAGAGUCACUUUGGCUCCGGCGUGGCCUCCUACUUCAUCUUCCUGCGGUGGCUCUUUGGGAUCAACAUCGUGCUCACGGUCAUGACGGGGGCUUUUAUCGUGGCCCCAGAGCUCAUCGCAGGCCAGCCCUUCGGAAGCACCGCCAGCAAGAGCAUCCCCGCGGCCCAGGCCGCCUCCGCCCAGGACCUGGACACCGUCUGGUCCCUGGGGGGCUACCUCCAGUCCUCCGUCCUCUUCUACGGCUUCUACGGCCGCGAGCGGCGGAUCGGGAGAGCGGGCUACCGGCUGCCCCUGGCGUACUUCCUGGUGGGGAUGGCCGUGUUCGCCUACAGCUUCGUCGUCCUCCUGAGGAAGAUGGCCAAGAACUCCCGCAUGAGCCUCGCCAGCGCCUCCAGCGACAACUACACCUUCUGCUGGAGGGUGUUCUGCGCCUGGGACUACCUCAUCGGGAACCCCGAGGCCGCCGAGAGCAAGGCGGCCGCCAUCGUGAACAGCAUCCGGGAGGCCAUCCUGGAAGAACAGGAAAAGAAGAAGAGCAAAAACCUGGCGGUGACCAUCUGCCUGAGGGUUGUGGCCAACAUCCUGGUACUGCUGUCGCUGGCGGGGAGCAUCUACCUCAUCUACUUCGUGGUGGAGCGGUCGCAGCGGCUGGAGCAGUCCAAGAAGGAGCUGACGCUCUGGGAGAAGAACGAGGUGAGCGUGGUGGUCUCCCUGGUGACCAUGAUCGCGCCCUCGGCCUUUGACCUCAUCUCCGCCUUGGAGAUGUACCACCCGCGGACCACGCUGCGCUUCCAGCUGGCCAGGGUGCUGGUGCUGUACCUGGGGAACCUCUACAGCCUCAUCAUCGCCCUCCUGGACAAGGUCAACAGCAUGAGCACCGAGGAAGCUGCCACCGGUGGUAACAGGAGUCACUGGCUGGGGGCCCCGGUGCCCCCCACCCCCAGGACGGCCCCCGAGGGGGAGAAGUGGCCCGCGCUGGGGCCGGGGCUCGGGAGGAACGGCUCGUGGGCCCCCGCGUACGCCUCUGCGCUCUCAGCGGCCAACCGGACGGCCAGCACCCCGAGCCUGCAGGACCAGUGCUGGGAGACCUACGUGGGGCAGGAGAUGCUCAAGCUGUCCAUCAUCGACAUGCUCUUCACCGUGGCCAGCGUCCUGCUCAUCGACUUCUUCCGUGGCCUCUUCGUCCGGUACCUGAGCGACUACUGGUGCUGGGACCUGGAGCGCAAGUUUCCUGAAUACGGGGAGUUCAAAAUCGCGGAGAACGUGUUGCAUUUGAUCUACAACCAAGGGAUGAUCUGGAUGGGCUCCUUCUUCUCGCCGUGUCUCCCCGCCUUCAACGUCCUCAAGCUGAUCGGGCUCAUGUACCUGCGGAGCUGGGCUGUGCUCACCUGCAACGUGCCCCACCAGCAGGUCUUCCGGGCGUCCAGGUCCAACAACUUCUACCUGGCCAUGCUGCUGUUCAUGCUGUUCCUGUGCAUGCUGCCCACCGUGUUCGCCAUCGCGCGCUACCGGCCGUCCCUGCACUGCGGGCCCUUCAGCGGGCAGGAGAAGAUCUACGACGUGGUGGCGGAGACGGUGGCCGACCUGCCCGCCUGGUGCGGCGCGGUGGUGGGCUACGUGAGCAGCCCCGUGGUGAUCCUGCCCGCCGUGCUGCUGCUCUUCAUGCUCAUCUACUACCUGCAGAGCAUCGCCCGGUCCCUGAGGCUCAGCAACCGCCAGCUCCGCAUGCAGAUCCAGAACGCGAGAUCUGAAGAUAAGAAGAAGGUUGCCCAGAUGGUAGAAGCCCGGAUCCAGACCCAGGAGGAGGGCCCCGCGAGGCUGCCCCGCGACGGGGACCCCGGCAGCCAGCCGCCCCAGGACAACGGCCACGCCGUCAGCGUUGACUCGCCCAGCAGCAAGAGAGGCCGGGGGGACACGGCCGCCCAGCCCGCGCCCCAGAGCCCCCCACCAGGGCCCGGCAGCCCCAGCGCCCUCCUCCCCGGCGCCCCCAGGUCCUGGCCGGAGCGCAGCGCCAGGAGGCGCCCCCGUGGUCCGCGGGCGGGCCCAGGCGACCGGCCCAGGAGCAGGCCCCGCGCCCCGGUGACGUCUGCAAAGCGCAUUGAGGAUGUUCACUCCGAACCGCUCUUCCCACGGGGCUGUGAGCGCAUGCGCCCGGGGGGCUCGGCCGCGGGGCCCCUUGCGCACAGGCCCCCCGCGCCCAGGUACCACCUGGUCACUGAGCGUGACGCCCACAAGACAGCCCACCCGACGCUCUGGCCGGAAGGACACUUCAUGGUCGACGCCUCCGGGGCCCUGGUGGAGGUGGAGGUGUGCCCCAGGAGCAUGCGCUGUGCGUCAGGGGCCCCCCGACUUGCAGGCUCCCCGGGGCUGAGUGACAGCGAGGAGGAGCCCCUGAGGGGAGGGCCGAGCCUGAGGCCUCUGCACCCCCGCUCCCUGGGCGGCCUGCCCGGGGCUCCCCACUUCUAUGUUGGCAACGGGUCGAGAAGCUGGGGCUGGGGGCACGCCCUGUCUUGGGACGAGGGUUUUGGGGGUCACCUCGACGCUCCGAGGUACGUGCAGAAGAAGCCACGCCCCCGGAACGCCCCGCACUCCCACCCCCCGCUGCGGCCCCGGGGGAACCCCCAGGUCCAGCCGCCCCUCGCGGAAUCGGACUCCCUGUCGGCGUCCAGCAGCGACCCCCAGGACAGCGGCGCCGACCAGUACCUGCAGGUCAGCCGCAGGCACGGCCGGCCGCCCAGGUGCGCGCGCCCCGGGGGCAGGAGCCAGGCCCCGGCGAGGCGGGAGCGCGCGGAUCUGAGCGGCCUGAUCUGCUCUCACGUCUAG